AUAUAAGAGCGAUGCGAUCGCGCUGCUCUCCGAAAAUCCCAAGAUCUCUCGCCUCCGCGCCUGCUUCCUGCUCGCCGCCCUUGGUACCCGCAGGCUAAAACCCUAGUAGAUAGCCCUCCCUAAUCAAUCCCUCAGCGGGCGGCGGCGGCGGCGGCGGCGAUGGCGGACACGCUGGUACUCCGCGGGACGAUGCGCGGGCACACGGACGUGGUGACGGCGAUCGCGACCCCGAUCGACAACUCGGACCGGAUCGUGUCGUCGUCGCGCGACAAGUCGGUGCUGGUGUGGAAGCUGACGAAGGACGCGGCGUCGGCGGGCGGCGACGCGGCGUACGGCGUGCCCCAGCGGCGGCUGACGGGGCACUCGCACUUCGUGCAGGACGUGGUGCUGAGCUCGGACGGGCAGUUCGCGCUCUCGGGGUCCUGGGACGCGGAGCUGCGGCUCUGGGACAUCAACCUCGGCACCACGACCCGGCGCUUCGUGGGGCACACGAAGGACGUGCUGUCCGUGGCCUUCUCCGUGGACAACCGGCAGAUCGUGUCGGCCUCGCGCGACCGCACCAUCAAGCUCUGGAACACCCUGGGCGAGUGCAAGUACACCAUCCAGGACGCCGACGCUCACACCAACUGGGUCAGCUGCGUGCGCUUCUCCCCCAGCACCUACCAGCCGCUCAUCGUCUCCGGCUCCUGGGACCGCACCGUCAAGGUCUGGAACCUCACCAACUGCAAGCUCCGCUGCACCCUCACCGGCCACGCCGGCUACGUCAACACCGUCGCCGUCAGCCCCGACGGCUCCCUCUGCGCCAGCGGCGGCAAGGACGGCGUCACCCUCCUCUGGGACCUCGCCGAGGGCAAGCGCCUCUACUCCCUCGACGCCGGCGCCAUCAUCCACGCCCUCUGCUUCAGCCCCAACCGCUACUGGCUCUGCGCCGCCACCCAGGACAGCGUCAAGAUCUGGGACCUCGAGAGCAAGUCCAUCGUCCAGGACCUCAAGCCCGAGACCCCCACCAGCAAGAACCAGAUGCUGUAUUGCACAAGCUUGAGUUGGAGCAUCGACGGGAGCACGCUGUUCACCGGUUACACCGACGGAACCAUCAGGGUGUGGAAAGUGAACCCAUAUUAGGAAACGAGAGUCAAACUUUUUAUCUAAGAAACAAUUUUUGCUUGUCUCUUUACCUUUUUUGCUUUAACCCCGUGCGUGGUAUUUAUCUUCCUGGUUUUCACCUUUUGUAAGGCAAAAUGUUGGCCAAGCAUUUUGUUCUGGAUUGUUCGGGUACUUCUUAGAUCUCUACAAUAACUCGGAGUUUAUUAUUCUUAGUUCUUCCCCUUUUAGAAAUUACUGCCUGUAGUCUAUCAAGUUAUAUUUUGGCGCCUGCACUUCUGAGUUCAACCUUUCACGUAUUAAGCUUGUUUAUAGUGUUUUCGUU